UCGUAAGCGGAUGUGACCUGCUGAAUGAUAUAAAAAUACAGAUUCAAUUUGUAUUGGUUUGACUUGUAUUCAAACCUUAUUUAUCACAAAGUUAAAUAGUUUGUAAAGAAGACAUGAUGCGUUUCUUGUGUCUCGUUGCUUGCAUGAAACGACUCGAUGAAUUUGAAAAAGAAUUACGGUCGAGAACCCAGAACAUAAAAGAUAUGCUUGAUGACUUCGGAAAAUUGCAAACAAAAGUGAUGGGUGCAUUGGAUAACAUAACAUCCAGUGGAUCCACGUAUGUCAGAUGGGGACGCUCAACAUGUCCGACCGUAGACGGUGUCAGUCGCAUUUACGAAGGCUUUGCCGCUGGAACAGGUCAUCUUGUAAGUGGUGGAGGGGCAAACUAUAUAUGUCUCCCUAAGGUACCAGAAUUAGCAACUUCGGUCAUGACGGCACAGUAUACCAGCACAAUACAUGGUGCCGAGUAUCAAACGCAUUCUUCUACGUUGCAUUCCUCUAUAUUCGACCAGGAAGUUCCAUGCGCAGUUUGUCGGACGACCGUUUCAACAACCGUGAUGAUUCCUGGUCGCCUUGCUUGUUUUGAUGGAUGGAAGAUGCAAUACAGGGGGUUUCUUAUGGCAGAGCGAGACAUUCAUCCCAACAAUAAACAAUUUGUGUGCGUUGAUGAGAAUCCAGAGAUUGCUGAAGGAAGCAGCAAUGCAAAUGAAGAUGGAGGACUUUUUCACUUCCAGUUUCCGAAAUGUGGCUCUCUAAAAUGCCCGCCCUACACUGAGCGUUUCGCAAUGUCUUGCGUGGUGUGUUCUAAAGAGUAACAGUUGCGUAUAUACAUAUCUUUCGGCAAAUUACAUAUUCGUUAUUAAAUGUUUGUUCAAUUAAUUGAUAUUGUUCAUUUAAGAGUGUAGAUCGGUCUCAAUCGUUUAAAUAUUAGCCUCAAAUAUUAAAUGACAACAUAUGGUGCAAUGGAUAUGAAUAAUGUAUUGUUAAUGAGAUAUACUUUGUGAAUCAAGUAUUACCAAUUGAAGUUGUUUAUAUAACUUGUUUUGUUUGCAAUCUAUUACUAUGAUAAUUGAUAAUGUAUUUCUGAACAUCUUAUGUAACAUACUGAUAGAUCGGCUAGCAUGCUUCUAAUGGUGAAGUAUUUUGUGGAUUUCAUAUAUUUUUACCAGCUCGUGUACCUAUUGUUCAUAAAGCAUUACUAUAAUAAAAAACGAUAAUAAAAACAUCCAUCGAG